AUGAAGAUUGUUAUUGGUAGUGAUCAAGCAGGUUUUGAAUAUAAGGAACAAUUAUUUAAAGAUUUACAAUCAAAUAGUUUGGUUGAAAAAGUUGAAAAUAUUGGUGUUGUUUCAAAUACUGAUUCAACUCCAUACCCAUCAAUUGGUAUUAAAGUGGGUGAAAUGAUCAAAUCAGGUGAAUACGAUAGGGGUAUUAUUAUCUGUGGUACUGGUUUAGGUGUUGCCAUUAGUGCCAAUAAAGUUGCUGGUAUUAGGGCUGUCACUGCUCAUGAUUCAUUCUCAGUUGAACGUAGUAUUUUAUCUAAUGAUUGUCAAGUUUUAUGUAUGGGUCAAAGAGUUGUAGGAUUAGAAUUGGCUAGAAGAUUAGUCAGAGAAUGGUUAACUUACACCUUUGAUAAAUCUUCUGCUUCUGCUGAUAAAGUCAAAGUUUUGAGUGAAUAUGAAUCCGCUUGUUAA